AUACUCACAAGAUUCACAGACAUUUUGUUUUAGGGUUUACACAAUGUUCCAGCUUAAUUUCAAACCUUCUGUCUUUAGAAAUGUCAUCAGACACACUACAAAUAGCGUUCGAAUGUUCUCAUCUUCAACACCAACCUUCCCGUUUAUGCUGAUUGACUACCUCACCAACUUCUCAUCCGUUGAAGACGAUGGUCCUGUGACAAAAUGGUAUGGAAGCAGUCCCCCAAAUUGCUACAAUCAAAAGGAAAUAUUGAUUAGAGACUUGAAACUCAGGGAGGAGGUCCUUGAAGCAAUGACUUCUGGAUUUUCGCGUAACCAAUCAUUUGGAUUCUAUGAUUAUUAUCAAUCUGAUAGUGGUGAUAACCCUCAUAUUCUCCUCAAACACAAACCCUCUAACCCGGAGUUAACAGAGGUAAGUGCACAGCUACCUCCUUUGCCUUGUGGUACCAAGAUCCAGAACAUUGCCAUGUCAAGUUUUUCUAACCGAAGAAAAGAUUGGGCUGUGUGUGUGAAGUUACCUGGUUCUCAGUUAAGUCUUUGUAGACCUUUUGCUUUUGGUCAGUUUAAAUGGAUAAACAUCAAACCAAUGCCUGAGUCUAUAAGCUCUUUCUCGAGUAUUAUGUUCUCCAAGAAAGAUCAAAGGUUUUACAUUCCAUCACCUGGAGGCAACCAUCUGUGCUCUUUGGAUCUCAACUUCAAGGAGGGUGACAUGCCUCGGUUCUUGCGCAUCGGGUUCGAAGAUUAUCCUAAGUCGGUGGUUAGCGAGUUGGAGGAAUUGAAUUCUUGUUCCAGGACAGACCACAUUGUGGAAUCACCCACUGGAGAGCUCUUCUACAUUAAGUGGUAUGCAUAUAUAAUUAAACCCUAGUCCUUUUUUUUCUUGACUUUGGCAUUGACUUAAUCUUUUGUUUCUUUUGGCAGGUACGGUGAGGAGUACGAGGGUGAGGACUUGGAUAGAGAUGAAAACUACAACGAUGUGGUGAGAUCGUUGACGCACAAAACCAAAAAGUUCAUGGUGUUUAGAGAGAAAGAAACAGGAUACGCUGAAGAAAAGAAGAAUGAGGUUAUAAUAUACACAGAAGAAGAUGAUAAGACUAUGACCUACACAGAAGACAUUGGAGAUCUCUGCAUUUUUGUUGGACAUAGUCAGGCUUACUGUGUCCCGGCCAGCUCGUCCCCUGGACUCAAGCCUAACUGCAUCUAUUUCGUGGGCUACAGCUUCGGUGUUUAUGAUCUCACCACAAAAACUUGCACUACCUUCUUUACCAGAGAUGCUGACGAAGAAGACAAUGAGAUAGCUCCAUUAAGGAGAUUAGAUUUCCCUUACUGGCCUCCCCCAUUUCCGAUCUCUUGUUAAGAACUAACAAAAAAAAGCUUUAGUUUUUUCUUUUGUUCGUUCUUAUUUUCCUUUUAUUAUAGACACAUUGAUGAGUACACGAAUAAUUAUCCUUUUAUUAAAAGCUCGAGAGCUUCUUGCAUGCACCUUUUUGCUUCAGAAUGCACUCUGAAACAUUUUACUCAUGCCCGUCUCGUUAAACUUAUGAACCUUGUACAAAUUAUAAUAUCUCGUAAGAAUAAUAAAAAACAUUUUUGCAGAAAGGGACCUUACUUUUAGAAAUAUUACCCUAAUCCUUAUAAAAGCACCUGAUAUGGGCUGGAGAUCUAUCACUUUCAAAAUUCAAGUUGGAGUAGCCACUUGAAUUGUUUUUAUCCCUUAAAUUGCAAAAGCUCUCAAUAGUUUAUUCAAACAAGAAGACUCAAAAAGGUGCAACAAUCUUCUACAAGAUAAAAGUAUAAACCAACAAAAUUAACCGUCCAGCUCUUCAAAAAGAGCACAUAACUUUGGAACAUUAAAAAAAAAAGGUAAAAACUCAAAACAAGUCUUUGA